AGAGUUUUUAACUAAAUAAGUUGACAAGAUUCAUCAAAUAACUGCACAUCAAAUGUUUUUGAUGACUUUUCUCGUUAAUUGCCUCGCACCUUUUCUGGAUACCAAAAAGAAACAUCAUGAGUAAUGUGAGUGUAAGUCAGCUUGUGAAUCAAGUGGACAAGAGCAAUUUUACACUAUACACGGAAUGGGAAGAUACAUCUUUCAAAAUAAUGGUGUUGAGACCGAGUACGCUGCCGUUAAGUGGCGAGAUGCAUAUAGAGAAUGCUCAUUAUUUUUUAAAUCAUCUAGAUGAGUCCUUUGAAACAUAUUUGGAGAACACAAAACAAGCAUUCUCUGGAAAAGACACUGAUAUACAGUUCUUUCUACAAGAUGAGUCAUAUGGAACAACAUUUACAUGGAAACAACAAAAUGUUCUCACUCGUGGAGAAAUUAUAAUGCAUUCUCUUUCGAAUAUAUUAAUUCUAUCUGAUACUUUAAAACAGUCAUUAGAACUUUAUCAAGAGUAUCAAGAGCGAGCACUGACAUUGAAAAAUGAGAACGAACACUUAAAGAAAACCAAUACACAGCUAAUUGUAGAUACAGAAGAAAUGACAAACAAAAAGAGUACUAUGGAGAAAGAUCUAUAUAAGAAAUUUCUUUUACUUCUGAAUACAAAGAAAAAAAAGAUCAGAGAGCUUCAGGAGGCUUUAAACAAUACCAAAAGGAUAACAACAAAAUCAGCAUAUGAUGAAACCACCGAUGAUGAAAGUGAUGACUCAAAUGUGAAGAGUAAGAAAGUAUAUGAUACUAAAUUAUCUAAGCUAAGAAAACACAAGUUGGAUUACGACAAUGAUCAGGAAAUUAUAUCAAAGAAUAGUAAGAAAGAUUUUAAGAAACGCAUAAAUUUCUCUUCUAGUGAAAGUACAAGCCCUGAGCCUUCAACUAGUAAAGGCAAUUUAAUGUUACAAAACGUAGAUAUGUAUGAUACAGUGAAGUCCAAGCAAGUUCUUAACAGCUCAGAAGAAGAACGUAACAGCUCCGAGGAGGAUAUAUUUUCCCAAUGACAAAAGUAAUAUAUUGCAUUCAUUUCCUUAUAAUUAA